GAUUAGUAUUUGUAAAAAUGUCUGCUCCACGAUUGCCACCGUUUCCAUCCAUACGAGACAUAUUGAAAUUAUACAACUUGAACGCCGUAAAACGUUUAUCUCAAAACUUCCUUAUGGAUAAAAAUUUGACCGACAAAAUCAUAAGGAAAACAGGAGAUCUCGCUGGGACUCAAGUGCUAGAAGUUGGCCCAGGCCCAGGACCUAUAACUCAAUCUAUCCUGAAACAGAUACCGAAACGAUUAGUAGUGGUGGAAAAAGAUCCCAGAUUCAAACCGGUUUUAGACAUGCUAGCAGACUCAUUCAGCAUGGUUAAUGGAAAAAUGGAUAUAUUAUAUAACGAUAUUAUGAAAACGGAUAUGGAAACUUUAUUUCCGGCAGAAUAUAAGAAGGACUGGAAUGAUAAAUCUCCGCACAUCUAUCUUGUAGGCAAUUUACCGUUCAGUGUAUCGACACCUUUGAUUAUUAAGUGGCUGCAUGCGAUAGCCGAACAUCGAGGACCUUGGGCGUUUGGUAGAACAAAAAUGACGUUAACAUUUCAAAAAGAAGUAGCAGAACGUCUGGUGGCUAAACCGUCAGAAGACCAACGAUGCAGGUUAUCGAUAAUGGCACAGGCGUGGACGUUUCCAGUACUUCGUUUUAUCAUACCUGGCAAAGCUUUUGUUCCAAAACCGGACGUUGACGUGGGAGUAGUGUCGUUUGUGCCAUUGGUCAAGCCGCGUACGCAACACGAUUUUAAACUGUUUGAAAAAAUAACAAGACACUUGUUUAGUUUUAGACAAAAAUACAGCAUACGAUGUAUCGAGACUCUAUUCCCAUUAUAUUGUCGUAAAGAAUUAGGUCUGAUGAUGUAUAAAUUAUCUGACUUGGAUCCAACUAUGAGGCCUACCCAAUUCACCGUCGAAGAUGUUGACAGGUUGACGACCGCUUAUAAAUAUCUGACAGAGAAACAUCCGGAGAUCAAUUUGUAUAAUUAUCGUUCGUCUCGACAUUUGUUACCGUUAUCAAACACAACAGACGUUGUGAUUCAAGAAUGUACAGAAUUAGAUUUAUUAAAAGAAACGAGUAUCUAAUAUCUUGGGCUGAUUUAUAGUCAGUAAUACGCAAACGCGUCAUAUUUUACUUUUAUUAAAUCGCAGGUUUGUAAUGCAGCAGAUUAAUUCGUUACAAUGAAUUUCGGUUAGAACUGUGUGUGAGGAUUUGUAAAUAUACAAAUUAUAUAUAUAUACACAAUAUGGCUUAGUUCUUAAAUAAAAAUCUAGUACAAAUGUA